CUUUUCUUCUGUGGCCAUCGCCUCCACCGCUUCUCCUCCCCUUUCGCUCGCCGAGACCGAGCCAUGGAAGCCGCGCUGAACCCCUACGCGCCGCCCUACGUUCCGGUUUCCCUAGUCGGCCAGUACUCUCCUGCAGCAACGUGGAUUACCUACGCUCCUCAACAGAUUGCGUAUUACCCCCCACUCUACCUCUUCGUCCCGCCUUCUCCGCCCGGCCACAGCGACGGAGGUCAGUUUUCCGGAGGCUGCGAUCUCACUGCAGCCGCCCUGAGGGGAAAGUCAGAGGAGGAGGUAGUUCGUGUUGCCGACGAGGAGGGGAAGUCCGAAACUGAAGUUAUGAAUAAGAAAGGUCGUAAUAGGAUUGCGCAGCGGAGGAAUCAUAGGAUGAAGCAGGGAGAUAGCAGCGCGUGCUUCGUGUUCAACAAGGACGACGACGAUGACUACGAUGGAAGUAAAACCACGCUCAUGGUCAAGAAUUUGCCCAAUAGAUUCACGAAGAAGAAGCUCGUGCGACUCCUGGACGAUCAUUGCUGGGAAGAGAACCACCAGUUAGAGGAAAAAUCCGGCGUGGUUUUAUCAGAGUUUGACUUUCUUUAUCUGCCAGUUGAUUUCAAAACCGGGUUCAACAUGGGAUAUGCGUUCGUGAAUUUCACGACGGCAAUCGCAGCGAGGAGACUCUACGACGCCCUCCACAACUUCCCUUGGAAGGCGCAUGGCUCGCGCAAGGUAUGCGAGGUCACCUACGCCAGAAUCCAGGGUAUUACGGCUCUACGGAAUCACUUCAACACCUCGAUUUUCGUGUGCGGGGACGAUGAGUUUCUCCCUGCUUACUACGAGCCACCGCGCGACGGCUUUCGUCGGCCGGAGCCGAGAGUGAUCGGGCGACGGCUAGUUAGAUAAGUAGCGAUAGAUAUUGUUUAUUGUAGAAUGGAUGUGCGUGGUUAACUAGGGCGCUCUGUAUCUGGCUUUCGAUCUAUCCAUCCGAGGGAUGACGGAGGAAGCUUGGAAAG